AUGCCUCUAGAAAAACCUGUAGAGACGCCCGGCGGCUGCGAGAGCAAAGGGGCGCGCGGCGGCCCGGCCCUCCUGCCCGAGAGCGACGGGGACCUCGCCGAGAGCGUCUGGGCCUUCGCUGGCAUCUCCAGGGACGGUGGCAUCGCCCUGCUGCGGAGGGACGUGCCCGGCGCCUUCCUGCUGCGCGCGGAGCCCGGCCUGCCCAACCGCUGGUGCCUCUGGGUGCGGGUGCCCUGCGGCGUCAUCCCCUACUACGUGUUCAAGAGCCACCAGGGCCGGUACCGCGUGGAGGUGAGGGCGCUGCGGGGGCGUGCGGGUUCAUAG